CUUUAGGGUGGUUCCGCCCUAUUUUUUACGGUCUAUGGUUCCGUCACCAAGUACAUUUCUGAUAGCCUGUUAUCUAAACUAAUAUAUAAAACCUAUGAGGUUUAAAACGUAUUAUAUUACUUAUAAGAUAUUUAAUAUUGUUUUGUUUUAAAUAACAUUUCUUAAGAUUUUCAAACGUAACACUGCAUUUUCGCGGAUUUAAUAGUUUGGUAACAGGGACUAAAAUCCUAAACGGACGUGUAGUUUUUAUGUACUACAGACGGCAUGGCGGAGGCGCUGAUCGGUGGAGCUGUUCAUAUAAACACAUCCGCUGAUUCUGUGACCGGUGCGAUGGCCUGUAUAACGUUACACGAUGAGAAGUCAAACUUUGAUGUGAUUCCUCCACUAAAUUUUGGUGAUCUGGACAUCACUACAGAUGAAUUAAUUCUGGAUGAGGUUGAUAUUCACAUUCAAGCUAAUCUGGAGGAUGAUCUGGUGAAAGAGGCGCUGAAGACGGGUGUGGAUUUGAGGCAGUACUCUAGGCAGGUGGAGACUGAGCUGCAGCAAAUCGAACAAGCAUCAAUCAAAGACUAUAUCAAAGAGAGUCAGAAUAUUGCCUCUUUACACAACCAGAUCACAGCUUGUGACUCCAUACUCGAGCGUAUGGAGGGCAUGCUGAGCAGUUUCCAGAGUGACCUGUCUUCCAUCAGCAGUGAAAUUCAGACAUUGCAGCAACAGUCAGUCAGCAUGAAUAUGAGACUCAAGAACCGCCAGGCUGUCCGCAGUCAGCUCAGCCAGCUGGUGGAUGAACUAGUCGUCCCUAGCACUAUGAUCUCUGUGAUUCUUGACAGUCCUGUAACGGAACAGGAAUUUUUAGAGCAACUUCAUGAGCUUAAUAACAAAAUCAACUUUGCUAAAGAGCUCAGCUUCAGAGAGACCCUUGCUUGCUCAGAUAUACAGGACAUUGUAGAUCGCCUCAAAAUCAAAGCUGUCACAAAGAUCCGGGAGUUCAUCCUACAGAAAAUUUACUCUUUUAGAAAGCCAAUGACCAACUACCAGAUCCCCCAGAACACAUUACUCAAGUACAGGUUUUUCUACCAGUUCCUGUUAGCCAAUGAGAGAACAGUUGCAAAAGAGAUCCGGGACGAGUAUGUGGAUACCAUGAGCAAAAUCUACUUAAGUUACUUCAAGUCAUAUAGUGGCAGACUGCUGAAAGUCCAGUAUGAAGAUGUUGCAGACAAAGAUGAUCUGAUGGGAGUGGAAGAUACAGCCAAAAAAGGUUUUUUCUCUAAGCCUUCUCUCAAAAGUAGAAACACCAUUUUUACUCUCGGCCAAAGGGGGGCAAUAUUGAGCCCCGCAGAGCUGGAGGGGCCCAUACUAAUCCCACAUGCUGCUCAAAGAGGAGACUCCAGAUACCCCUAUGAAACUCUCUUCCGCAGUCAGCACUAUGCUUUGCUGGAUAAUGGCUGUCGAGAAUUCCUGUUCUUGUCUGAUUUUUUCAUGGUGGCAGGGAAUUCAGCACUGGACUUGUUCAACAGCAUUAUGGGAAAAACACUCAGCAUUUUUUUGAAGAAUCUGUCUACAUACUUGUCAGACUGUUACGAUAGUAUUGCAGUAUUUCUCUGCAUUCACAUCAUUCUGCGCUUCAGAGCCAUCGUAGCCAAGAGGAAUAUCCCUGCACUUGACAAGUACUUAGAGGCUGUGCUAGAAUUGUUGUGGCCGAGAUUUGAGCUGAUUUUGGAGAUGAACAUCCAGAGUAUUCGAAACACUGACCCUCAAAAACUGGGUGUACUGGAUACCAGACCACACUACAUCACACGUCGGUAUGCUGAAUUCUCCUCUGCUAUUGUUAGCAUAAAUCAAACAUUUCCUAAUGAGAGGACCAACACACUUCUUGGGCAGUUGCAGAUUGAGGUGGAGAACUUUGUGCUGAAAAUGGCGGCUGAGUUUCCCUCUAGACGAGACCAGCUAAUUUUCCUGAUAAACAACUAUGACAUGAUGCUCAGCGUGCUUAUGGAGAGAGCAGCUGAUGACAGUAAAGAGGUUGAGAGCUUUCAGCAGCUUUUGCUGGCGAGAACACAGGAAUUUAUAGAGGAGAUUCUUUCUCCUCCAUUUGGAGGUAUGAUUGCGUUUGUGAAGGAGAGUGAGGCACUAAUGGAGAAAGGGCAGCUUGACAAACUCAAAAAUGAUGAAGCUCGUAUUACUCAGUUGGUGCGGGGAUUCUCCGGCACAUGGAAGCAGUCUGUGGAGGCCCUGAGUCAGGAUGUUAUGCGCUCCUUCACCAACUUUAAAAACGGAACCAGCAUAAUUCAGGGAGCGCUGACCCAGCUCAUCCAGUACUAUCAUGGUUUCCAUAAGGUCCUCUCCCAGCCAACAUUCCGCAGUCUGGCAGUGCGCUCUGAGCUCAUAAACCUUCAUCAUCUGAUGGUGGAAGUCAAGAAACACAAACCAAACUUUUGAAUGCAACACUUAAGGAAGAAAAACUUUACAAAAAAUAAAAUAAAUAAACAGCUUUCAGAAAAUCUAUUGACAUAUUUAAAGGGAUAGUUCAAACAUUCAUUCUUUUUUUUUUUUUUUUGGCUUAGUCUCUUCUUCAGAGGUCACCACAGCAAAAUAAACUACCAAUUAUUCCAGCAUAUGAUUUACAGGGAAAGACCCAUACACACGCAUUCUAACACAUUGUAAACUACGACCAUUUUAGUUUAUUCCAUUUACCUCUACCGCAUGUCUUUGGGCUGUGUGGGGUAACCGGAGUGUCCAGAAGAUAAUUACACGAACCCAGGGAUAACAUGAAAACAGAAAUGCCUGCUGGCCCAGCUGGCGAACCAGCAACAUUCUUGCUGUGAGACAACAAUUUAAUAAUUAAGGAACAUAAAUUUUAAGGCACACUGGAAACCAGUAAACAUUGACUUUUAAAGUUAAUUAUAUACUAUGGAAGUCAAUGGCUACCAGUUUUCAAAAAAAGAAACAGGUUUGGAACAAAUUGAGGUAAAGUACAUGAGAGGCAGUUGAAAGAAUUUUUAUUUUUGGGUGACCUUUUUCUUAAACAGAAGUGUGGGUUAAUUUUUGUUUCCACUUGGAGUACUUUCUUUCUUUUUGAUAUUAUUAAGAAUCAUUCAGUAUCUUGUUUUAAGCUGAUUAUGGUAUUUUUCAUUAGGUGCAUUUGAUUAGUUUUUCUCCAAUGCAAUUUGGUUUCUAGCUGUUUAAUUUGUAAAUGUACUUGCAACUUCACUAAAUAUUUUAUUUAUUGUUUUUUUUAUUUUAAUUUGUGUAUGAUCUGCAUAUAAUCACAUAUUUAACCAAUCAGAAAGUAAACAUUGACCUGUCUUUUGUUUUUCACUGAAAA